AUGUCGUCCCUCCCCAAGACAAUGAAAGCCGUCCAGAUCGAGAAAACAGGUGGAACAGAUGUUUUGCAGUACAAGACGGACGUCCCAGUUCCCCAGCUGAAAGAAGGCGAAGUACUGGUCAAGAACGAGUUCAUCGGCAUCAACUUCAUCGACACGUACUUCCGCUCAGGGAUCUACAAACCCCCGACGUUCCCUUACAUUCUCGGCCGCGAAGGCAGCGGUACAGUCGCCGCAAUCGGCGCCAAUGUGCCUUCUGAUUUACAGGUCGGCACUAGAGUUGCCUACAUGGGCCAGUAUGCGUACGCUGAAUAUGUCCCCGUGGCCUCUGACUACACCAUCCCGAUCCCGGAUUCUAUCGAUACUAAGACAGCAGCUGCUUCUCUCCUGCAAGCGCUGACUGCCGUGACGUUGAUCAGGGAUGCAUAUCCUGUGCAGAAAGGUGACUGGAUUCUCGUCACAGCCGCCGCUGGUGGAGUUGGGUUGUGGCUGGUUCAGUUGUUGAAGGCGGUCGGGGCCAGGGUCAUUGCCACGGCGAGCACGGAGGAGAAGAGAAACCUAGCAAAAGCUAAUGGCGCGGAGGUACUUUUGGAGUACCACGAGGAGGAUCGGCAGGUGUUUGUCAAGAAAGUUCUUGAGAUCACGGGUGGUGAGGGCGUUCACGCAGUCUUCGAUUCAGUCGGCAAAGCUACGUUUGACAGUAGCCUGGCAACCGUUAGGCGGAAGGGAACUAUGGUGAGCUUUGGAAAUGCGAGUGGCCCUGUUGAGGGCUUUGCGCUUGCGCGACUAUCACCUAAGAACGUAAAGCUUCUCCGCCCCACGCUUUUCAACUACAUCGCCACGCGGGAGGAGCUCCAAACUGCUGCAAAGGAGCUCUGGAACUUCAUCGAGAAGGACGGGCUGAAUGUCAAGAUUCACGACGUGUAUCCACUGAGCGAUAUCGUCCGCGCGACCCAGGAUAUUGAGAGCAGGAAGACGACGGGCAAGUUGGUAUUGACGCCAUGA